CUAAUCCUUUAAAAAAUAUCUACAAGAUAAACGAAAAUUUUGAAAAUUCAAAAAAACAAUUUACUUUAUCUCUGUAAAGUACGUACCAUUACCACCUAUAUAUUGACCAACCGUAGUCAAAAUUCAACAGUUUGUACAGUUCACUUACAUUCUGCAGUAUCCUAAAAAAAUGACAAAGUGGUUGUUUAUGGUGGCAUGCCUUGGGAUAGCUUGUCAAGGUGCCAUUAUUCGACAAAAUUCUGCAAAAAACUUGGAAAAUUCAUUGAACGUAAUUCACGAAUGGAAAUAUAUCGAUUAUGAUUUCGGUAGCGAAGAAAGAAGACAAGCUGCGAUUCAAUCUGGCGAAUACGAUCAUACGAAAAAUUAUCCCUUCGAUGUCGAUCAAUGGCAUGAUAAGACUUUUGUCACCAUACUAAAGUACGAUGGUGUGCCUUCUACUUUGAACAUGAUAUCUAACAAAAUCGGUAAGGGUGGACGCCUUCUACAACCAUAUCCUGAUUGGUCGUGGGCAGAGAAUAAAGAUUGCUCUGGAAUCGUGAGCGCUUUCAAAAUUGCGAUUGACAAAUUCGACAGAUUGUGGGUUUUGGAUUCAGGUCUUAUCAAUAGAACUGAACCUAUAUGUGCUCCAAAGUUGCAUGUCUUUGAUCUGAAAAACACAAAGCACCUUAAGCAAAUCGAAAUACCGCAUGAUAUUGCCGUAAAUGCCACCACAGGAAAAGGAGGGCUAGUCUCUCUAGUUGUUCAAGCCAUGGAUCCUAUGAAUACUUUAGUAUACAUAGCAGACCAUAAGGGUGAUGCUUUGAUCGUCUAUCAAAAUUCCGAUGAUUCCUUCCAUCGAAUGACUUCCAACACUUUCGAUUACGAUCCCAGAUAUGCCAAAAUGACGAUCAAUGGAGAAAGUUUCACACUGAAAAAUGGAAUUUGUGGAAUGGCUCUUAGUCCCGUGACGAACAAUCUUUAUUACAGUCCUCUCGCUUCUCACGGUUUGUAUUAUGUCAACACGGAACCAUUUAUGAAAUCACAAUUUGGAGACAAUAAUAACGUGCAAUAUAAAGGAUCCCAAGAUACUUUGAACACGCAAUCAUUGGCUAAAGCAGUAUCGAAAGAUGGCGUCCUGUUCGUCGGACUUGUGGGUAAUUCAGCUCUUGGAUGCUUGAACGAGCAUCAACCACUUCAGAGAGAAAAUUUAGAACUGGUCGCCCAAAAUGAAAAAACACUUCAAAUGAUCGCAGGUAUGAAAAUUAAGGAAGAGCUUCCACAUUUCGUAGGAAGUAACAAACCUGUAAAGGACGAAUAUAUGUUAGUUUUAAGUAACAAAAUGCAGAAAAUAGUAAAUAAUGAUUUUAAUUUCAACGACGUAAACUUCCGAAUUUUGGGUGCGAAUGUAAAGGAAUUAAUGAGAAAUACUCAUUGCGCAAAUUUUAACAAUAAAAAUAAUCAGAAGAAUAACAAUCAGAACAAUAACAAUCAGAAGAAUAACAAUCAGAAUAAUAACAAUCAGAAGAAUAACAAUCAGAAAAAUAACAAUCAGAAGAAUAACAAUCAGAAUACUAACAAUUAGAAUGAUAAUCAAUAUCUUAAAAAAAUGACAAAGUGGUUGUUUAUGGUGGUAUGCCUUGGCAUAGCUUGUCAAGGCGCCAUUGUUCGAAAAAAUUCUGCACGAAACUUGGAAAAUUCGUUGAACGUACUUCACGAAUGGAAAUAUAUCGAUUAUGAUUUCGGUAGCGAAGAAAGAAGACAAGCUGCGAUUCAAUCUGGCGAAUACGAUCAUACGAAAAAUUAUCCCUUCGAUGUCGAUCAAUGGCGUGAUAAGACUUUUGUCACCGUAUUAAGAUACGAUGGUGUGCCUUCUUCUUUGAACGUGAUAUCUGAUAAAACUGGCAACGGUGGACGACUUCUACAACCGUAUCCUGAUUGGUCGUGGACGAAAUAUAAAGAUUGCUCUGGAAUCGUGAACGCUUACAAUAUUGCGGUCGAUAAAUACGACAGAUUGUGGGUUUUGGAUUCAGGUCUUAUUAAUAAUAUUCAACCCAUGUGUUCCCCAAAAUUGCUUGUCUUUGAUCUAAAUAGCUCACAAUUGCUCAAGCAAGUGGAUAUACCGCACGAUAUUGCCGUAAAUACCACCACAGAAAACGGAAGAUUAGCAUCUUUAGUUGUCCAAGCUAUGAAUCCUAUGAAUACUCUGGUGUAUUUGUCAGACAACAGAGGUGACGCUUUAAUCGUCUACCAAAAUUUCGACGAUUCCUUCCAUCGAUUGACUUCCAACACUUUCGAUUACGAUCCCAAAUAUACCAAAAUGACGAUUGAAGGAGAAAGUUUCACAACGCAAAAUGGAAUUUCUGGAAUGGCUCUUAGUCCCCUGACAAACAAUCUUUAUUACAGUCCUCUCGCUUCUCGUGAUUUGUAUUAUGUUAACACAAAACCAUUCAUGAAAUCAGAAUAUGGAGAAAAUAAUGUCCAAUAUAAAGGAGUCCAAAAUAUUUUCAACACUCAAUCAACCGCUAAAGCAGUAUCGAAAAAUGGCGUUCUUUUCUUCGGUCUCGUGAAUAAUACAGCUGUUGGUUGUUGGAACGAGCAUCAAACACUUCAGAAAGAAAAUACUGAUAUGGUCGCUCAAAAUGAAGAGACACUUCAAAUGAUCGUUGGUAUGAAAAUUAAGGAAUUACUUCCACAUAUCGUCAUUAUUGAUAUAAAUAAUAUAAUAAACAAUGAAUAUAUGUUAGUAUUAAGUAACAGAAUGCAAAAAAUAUUAAACAAUGAUCUUAAUUUCAACGAUAUUAACUUCCGAAUUUUGAUUGGAGGUGUGACCGACUUGUUAGAAAACACUCGUUGCGCAAAUUCUAAUAUUCAGAAUAAUAACAAUCAAAAUAACAAUAUUAACAAUCAAAAUAACGAUAACAAUUUAAGAAUCACAAUAAACUCUUUAAUUAAUUAGCCAUUUUGCGAUGUAUGUAAAUCGAAUAUUCUUCAAAAUUUCUUUAUAUUAUAAAUGAGUAGAAUAAAUAUCGUUUUCACAUAA